AGUCAAAAGUAAGCAAAAAUGGCGAAGCUGGGCGAAUUGACAGAGGACGAAAAAUCUUUGUUUUUACAUCUCAACAAAGGGGAUUUUGAGGAGGCCUCAAGGCUCUUACGUUCAGGAAAUGUGAGGAUCGACUGCCUAGAUGAGCAUGGCAUGACCCCACUGAUGUGUGCAGCAUACAAAGGCAAAGCAGAAAUGUGUGAGUUGCUGAUAGCUCAAGGAGCAGAUGUGAACUCUAACCACCAUGAACAACAGUACACAGCUCUCAUGUUUGGUUGUCUAUCAGGGUCUGUAGAGGCUACAAGGGUAUUACUUGAGGCUGGAGCCAGAGUGAAUGCAGAGAACAGUCUCGGUAGGACUGCAGCUCAGUUGGGAGCUUUCAUUGGUCAAAGUGAUUGUGUCAGUCUAAUAAACAACUUUCUGUCAAUGGAAGAUUUGGAGUAUUACACAAAGCCUCGAGGCCUGGAAAAGGAACCUAAGUUAUCAGCAGCCUUGGUACCUGCACUCCACAAAUUUGCUGUCAGUCAAAAUUUAUGCCCAGUGAAGAUUGCUAUGUAUCUGCAAGAUAACUUUGAACUUGUAAAAAACUACAAGAGUUUAGUUAAAGUUAUGGAGCUCUUAACUGAGUCAAAUAUUAAGUCAAAGGAGAUGCAAGAAGUUCUGGCCAUGAAGAUGCACUAUCUGGGAUUUAUGUUAAAAAAAUGUGCGCGCUGGAAUGAGGGACUGGAGGGAAAAGAUAGAAUUGAUGGUUUCAUUAAACAUUUAACAAAGGGACGCUCAUCCGAUGGCUUUUUCAUUAAUAUGGAAGAUAUUAUUCGGCAAGCAAUCAAAGAGUUUGAUUAUCCAGAAUGUACCAUUUUUAAACAGCUAGUUCAAACGAUAGCACCUGUAGAAAAGGGACGUGAUCCAACAGCUCUCGCCGUGAUAACUCAGAGCAUAAAUGGCCUCCGCUGUGGUGACUUUAGUGACUGCUGUGGAAUUUGUAUCGAGAAACGGAAUGUGAAGAAAUGUUCAGCUUGUAAAAUGGUUGGGUACUGCAGCGUGAGAUGCCAGAAGCUUCAUUGGCAGACUCACAAGAAAUUUUGCAAGCAGCUGGCCAAAGAAUACGAAGAGCAACUUGCUGCGCAGUUGGCAGAGGAAAAGCUUGAUGAAGAAAUGAGCCGCAAAACUCAGCAAGAAAAACCGGGCCAGAUGAAUGGUGAAAAGGAACCUUUGAUAAACGGGAAAAGCGACGAAGCUGUAAACAGCGAUAAAUCAAAAAGUGAAACGGAUCAGAACACAAACAGCGGAAUAAACGGUAACAAAGAUGGCACAAAUUCACCGGAGAGCUGACGUAGUGAAGGCGUGAUAACGACAGAACUUGGAGAAACUGUGAUGAAUGUAAGCUAAAACGUGUAACCGAAGAAUGUUUUCUUAACACUUUCCCAAGAUCCAGUUCGGGAUUCUCCCUUCUAACUGUUACAGAUUUCUAUGUAAAAAAGACAAGAGAAUUUGGGGUUGUAUUAAGAUAACGCCCUUUAGCUGACAAACUCUUCUGUUCUCGGAACCUGUGUACAGAAUUUUGUGCUGGAAUCGCAUGGAGAUUACUACUUAAAGAAGUCACGUUAUAAGAUUUUGGGUCAUGGCUGGAGUUACAAACUGAAAAACUGCAUCAAAAUAACACCAAGCUGCGAUGAAGAAAAACCACUGAGGUAACGCUGAACACGAAAGGAACGAGAAUACAUAAGGAUUAAAAGAUUUAUGCGGAUUGCAUUUGUAAAUCUGGAUCUUGAAAAAGUGCGUGCUAAAUUUUCAAGAUUUAGAAACACUGUCAUAACUUCUUUAACGACAUGUUUUCAAGUUCUAGUUGAAGUUUGUGCACGUCUCAGAGUUUUUGUCCCCAUUAGUCCGUUUUUCUUCAAAAUAUCUUUCAUACGACUGUAUAACACUUUUCACGAAGAUUGUGACCUCUAAGCGUACACUGUGGUUAUUAAAAAGAAUAGAAAAGCUGUGUGA